AUUUGGGUAUAUAUAAGCACGCGGGUAGCGUUCAGGCUUGUUAUUCACCUUGUGUGCAGAUCACGCUCUUUGCUCCUGGAGGAGAAGAAAGCACGAUAUACGUGGGAGCGCAGCCCAAACUGGUCGUCGAGGUGGUGAUCGCUCGCCCUGCCGCAGGUUUCGCACGCAUGGCGACGGCGGAGGCCGAUGUUGGCGCCGCCGCGAGCGUGACGGCGCCGAUGAUGCUGCACGGGCGCGUGGCGAUCGUCACGGGCGGCGCUGGAGGGAUCGGCUCGGCCGUGUCGAGGCACCUGGCGUCCCUCGGCGCGCGCGUGGCCGUCGCCUACGUCGGGGACCCGGCGCCCGCGCGGGAGCUCGUGGCCGCCAUCAACAACGCCGCGCACGCCGGCGACCAUGGCCCGCGCGCCGUGGCGGUGGAGGCGGACGUGUCGGACGCGGCGCAGGUGCAGGCGCUGUUCGACGCGGCGGCGGCGGCGUUCGGCGGGGAGCUGCACGUGCUGGUCACGGCGGCGGCGGUGAUGGACACCUCCUACCCGCCGCUGGCCGACACCAGCGAGGCGACCUACGACGCCGCCUUCGGCACCAACGCGCGGGGCACCUUCCUGUGCCUCCGCGAGGCGGCGCGCAGGCUGGCCCGCGACGGGCGCGGCCGGAUCGUCACCUUCUCGUCGUCCGGGGUCGGGUCGCUGCGCCCGGGCUACGCGGCGUACGCGGCCAGCAAGGCGGCCGUGGAGACCAUGACGAGGAUCCUGGCGCGCGAGCUGCGGGGCACCGGGAUCACCGCCAACGCCGUGGCCCCCGGGUCCACGGCCACGCCCAUGUUCUACGGCGGCAAGACGGACGAGGAGGCCGAGCGGUACAUCGCGGAGGCGCCGCUGGGGAGGCUGGGGAUGCCCGAGGACAUCGCGCCGCUCGUGGGCUUCCUCGCCAGCGACGCCGGCGGGUGGGUCAACGCCCAGGUCCUGCGCUGCAACGGCGGCACCAUCUGACAUGAUCAGUGUUCGAGUGUUUCGUUGGCUUCGUAGCAGUGAUCUUUUCUCUCUCGUUGUUUGGUGCGUUAUCCGCGCUGUUGCGGUGGACUUUGUUGUGGAACUCUGGUUGCUGUCACGACUCACGAGUUAGGCAUUCCUCUCUUCUAGUAGUAGUACUACGUAUUGAGUGUGUGUGUGUUGGUCUCUGCGUCCUUUAUUCACAAACACCGUUGGAAAUAGGGGUGUGAAUUUUGGUGGACUAGAGAUAUGAUAACAAUCCUCGUGUCCUUAAACGAGAAAUUGGGAUUUGAA